AUGUCGCCAUCCGAAUCUGUCCCCACGACCGAGAUUGACCCUUCCAACCUGGAAGCUGGUGUUGAGAAUCAGGAUACGUUAGAUCAAGAAGCAACUCAAAACAGAGACUACGUACACUCAGUCCAGUCAGUCGACUAUGGUCGCUUUGGGCCACUCGCGCGUGUCAAGACUUCGGGGACUCUCUACCCUCCCUUCGCCGGAGAGUUUCAGCCCGGUGCCUUCCGUCCUGGUCCUGUUGAGCAGCGCAAGAUCGGCAAUCCUGCUCCAUUAGGCCUGUGUGGUUUUGCUCUUACGACGUUUCUUCUGGGCUGUAUCAACAUGAAGGCCCGGCUUCUCUCCGGAAUGUGGGAGAUGGCCGUUGGAAACACGUUUGGUGCGACCGCAUUAGCUUCGUACGGUGGCUUCUGGAUCUCUUUAGCAAUCACUUUCACCCCAGGUGGAUUCGAGAUUGCAUCAGAACUCAUCAAGACCGAUAAUGGGUCCAUGGGGAUGUUCUAUGAUUCUCUCGGUCUUUAUCUCAUGGGAUGGUUCAUUUUUACCUUCCUAAUGCUUCUGUGCACUGUGAAGUCAACCGUAGUAUUCUUCUCUCUCUUCUUCUCUGUCGAUCUUUCCUUCCUUCUCCUAGCAUUAGGAUACUUGGUUCGAGACAGCGCGGGAGACCCAAGUCAAAAGAUUCUCACAGCCGGUGGCUUUUUCGCUCUUCUUGCCGCUUUCCUCGCGUGGUGGGCUGCCCUUGCCGGUAUCGCGGACACUAGUAACAGCUUCUUCAUUAUUCCUGUCUGGCACUUCCCGUGGUCUGAUAAGGGCAAGAAGUCCCGCCGCUCCGAGGGGUAA